UGACAAAAACCUUCAACAACAAGUCGGUCUACCUCCACCGCACUCUUGUCUUCCGUAUUUCAGUUGGAAUAAAAAAAUGGACUUUUCAUCUCCGUCGCCGCCUAUGGGUAGUGGUCAGUCUCCGGAAGCAUUGAUGGAACAGGUGCAGGCGCAGCUACAACAAGCUUACGCGGAGGAGUUGAUAGAGACGCUGAGAGGAAAAUGCUUUGAUAAAUGUGUAACAAAGCCAGGAUCAAGCCUUAGCAGUGGCGAGAGUAGCUGCGUCUCUAGAUGCGUUGAUCGUUACAUUGAAGCCAUGGGUAUCAUUAGCCGUUCUCUCUUCUCCCAACAACGUUGAUCAGCACUCUCUUUUAAGCUACUACUGUUGUUUUGAGUCUUUGUCAUUAAGACAGACAAUCACCAGCUUUGGUUUCUUUAUGUGGUGAUAUAACUUUAUUACAAUGUUGACGACAAUAAUCUCCGCUUGACAUUUUCAUGAAAAGUUCUUUGGAAAUCAAAUAUGUUUCUUGAUGAUA